CAAAACUAAUCUGCACCACCGACAUCCUUUAAGCUGACCAGCCAAAUUGAGCCGCGAGCUUCGGCCGCAAAAAGACACCUCUGUUAGAUCCAACACGAAUUGAUCGUGCAGAGUCAUCUCUGCCGCGCCGGCAAUGUCUUCCAAACGCCUCUCCCCGACCGCAAACCUUCUGCGGACAUCGCGAUUCUUCGCUUUACCAAAUCCCUUACCCCGUCCUGGUCACCAUGAAUUGACCAGUUUCACGUCCGUUUUCCACUCCGAUACGGCCACAUUGCCUCAUCCAACCCAUCCUGCUUUGGCCACUCCCGAUUCAUCACUAUCCAGAGGAGACUGGGGCCUUAAGAGAAAUUUCCCGCUCCGGUCCACGACGAACACUUCUACUCCGACAAUCCGGGUUGAUGCCGUCGAUACCCUUGAGCAUAUUAGUGCAUUCGAAUCUGCUACCGACCACGUCCUGACUCUGAAGAAAUGGCAGGACAUGAAUGUUCCCAUUUCCGUUGCUCCCAAGCCCGGGAAAAGAGCUUCUGGCCCUGUCGCAGAACCUUUGAAGAGUGUCUUUGAAUCAGAGCGUCACGGCACAGAUUCUCAAGGUCGUCAAGCUUUGCAGAUGGAACAACGAUGGAAGUUCAAGGGCCCAUGGCUGCCCGGAAUGACUGAAGGAGAGUUCAAAGAGUACGUUGAGAAGGAGAUUCGACGACGAAAGCCCGAAUUUCAGCAAUACCUCCGGAAACACGCAACAGAUAAGAAGCUCGCGGAAAAGAGACGUCAGGCCCUUGACAAUGGCGACGAUCCGGCCACAAUUGAGGCGACGCCGAUCACAGAGGCCGAAUUUGAGGUGUAUGUCAAGACUCUCCGCGAUGAUGUCACGACCACUUCAACAUUGAGCGCUCUCAUCAACAACUUCCUCGAUCUCCCGGCUCCGCCGAAGCCGCCAACCAGCGUAAGCUGGAGCAAGCUGGACGACCCGUCGUCUAACACGCUUUACAGCCGAGCUGCGCCCCCGAAGACUCAUCCUUCGGCAGGUCUGUCAUACCUUCGCACAUCAUCUCACAUCUACAACCAUCCCGUCCUCGGACCCCAGGCCCGUCCUCCGCCCGUGGAGGCACGCAUUCUCGAGCCUCGCAAGUCCGCAACAGGACAAAGCACUCGCGCCAAGUUUGGUGUCGGCGGUGUUGUUACCGACGAUGGUCUCGAAGCCAGCUUCCGAGAAGACUCAAGGCGAAUGGAUGGAGCUACCCCUGGCCUAUCGAGUUUCGACCCGUCCAUUCCUGGUGGAGCUAAGAUCUGGGUUCACCCUAAGACUGCCAACAUUGACUCGCAAGGCCGCAUCCGACUCUCUGUUGACCGAGCGACUCCUAGCUCUGUUAGCAUUCACAAGGGUAUUCUGGACGAGAAGAGGGAGCGCCCGCAGAUUCCUCGCCUUUUCAAUCGAAGGAUGGAAGAGCUCGUCUCGAGUCCCAAGGCCUCUGGCUUUAAAGGUCUGAUUGGAAACAACCGAGGCAAUGCGAGACAGGCCGAGAGUUCGUCUCAGAAGAGUGACAAGAAGGUUUCAUCUUUCAUUGACGAGCUAGGUGAUUUGAUGAGUAAAGACCGGUAAAGCGCAUGUGGUACACUUCGAGGAACAAAAGGAACAGAGUUUGCAUCAUUAGAAUAUAGCUUCAGCGACCGUUUUGUACAAUAGUUGUAUAGCUUAGAGGCGUAUAUAGGCAUAUUUAUCUCAUUUCAUGUAUUACAUUCCGUUGAGCUUGAAUAGUCACCUAGGUAGGUGCAAACAGAAGCGGAGAGCGCCUCAGCAAGACGCCCGAAACCUCAUCCCCGGUCGCCAAAACGAUUAAACAUUAUCAGAUUGAUCUAAGAUACGCGAGUG